UAUUUGCUAUCUGUCAGCCGUUCACUCACUGCGCCAUUUUGCUGCAUUGUUCUAGUGUUCGUAACGUUGAUUAGUCAUUUGGAAGUCCUUCUUCCGUUGUGGUUGACUGUUUAGUGAGCAUUGCGCUCAUCUGAUAAGAAUAAUAUCUUUAAGUGAUUAGUAUCCAUCUAAUAGCAAUCACCAUGCGGCGAGUACUAUCCUGUUUGCCAGUGGCACUGCUAUUUUUAGCCACUGUGGUUCCCUCAAACGGACAAAGCGCGGCGCCGACCACAGACGCCGCGGAGGCCGCGGGCGGCGCCGACGACGGGGCCGACGCCGGCAAGGUGGAGUACUUCGACCUGCGCGGGAACUUCUCCCUCGACUGCAGCAGUCUCGGCAGCGCGGAGCCGCUCGUCUGGAGGAAGAACGGCACGGUGCUGGAGCUGUCGGAGCGGGGCCACCUGGUGCUGCUGCCGGCGGCGGGCGGGCCGCGCUCGCUGCUGACGCUGGGCGAGCGCGCCGUGGAGGCCGACUUCGGCAACUACAGCUGCAGCGCCGGCGCCGCCCAGCUGGCCUGGCAGCUGCGCGUGCGGCCCCACGCCAAGCUGCCCGCCGACACCAGCGUCGUCGAGGGCCAGAAGCUGAAGUUGGUGUGCAAGCUGGUGGGCCGGCCGUACCCGGCCGUCGUGUGGACCUUCAGCAACUCGUCGGAGACGGUGGAGAACGGCACGGAGGUGACGGCGGCCAUGGGGCCGCGCGCGGCGCUGCGGGCCAGCGAGCAGGGCGUGGAGGCGGGCGAGCUGGUGCUGGAGCCGGCCGAGCGCGGCGACGCGGGCUGGUUCCGCUGCGCCGCGGCCGGCGGCCAGGGCACGGCGGCCGUCACGCGCCUGCGCGUCAAGGACAUGUACGCCGCGCUCUGGCCCUUCCUCGGCAUCUGCGCCGAGGUGUUCGUGCUCUGCGCCAUCAUCCUGGUGUACGAGAAGCGCCGCACCAAGACCGAGCUGGAGGACUCGGACACCGACAACCACGACCAGAAGAAGUCGUAAGCAGCGCGGGCCGCCGCCCAGCCCCGUGGUCGCCGCCGCGCGCACCAUUGUGAUUUUGGAGUUUUUGUUUUUCAAAUCUUUAACCAAAUAUAUUGUUAAUUAAUUAAUUAGGGAUAGUGACACGAUUGUAGUAGGCCGCCCGCUUCACUUUACGCUCGCGUUCGAUGCGGGACGUUGUGGGACGAGACGGUGCCGCGCCCCGUCGAGGUAAGUUUAACGCAAGUAGGUACUUAAAUACUACGGACGUCCUUUUGUAUCACUUGUACCGCUCCGCGUUACCGAGUUAAUUUACAAAAACGAAUAUGUUUAGAACCCCCGCCGCUAACGUAUCCCUGUGCGCUUUAAACGUUUCCACUCGUAGAGCAUCGAUAUUAUAAGCGGAAUUAUACCGAAUUAACAUUUUGAUAUAUUAAUAUUAUGUUGAGUCUUCUAUCGUUUAUGUUGUAAAUAAUGGGUGUACAAUUGUACAUAGUUGCCUGUAGCGCGAGUAGACGCGCCCUGUGACGUGGGCCGCCGCCGCCGCCGCCGCCUGCUCGGGUACAACCAGUAACAAAUAAAUUAUGUAUUCAGUUAUA